AUGCUUCGGUUGGGGCCAUACCCGCCCCCGCUGUUCGACAUCUCCGACCCCGAGGACUCAUUCUUUCUACCCAGUUUCGACCUCUUCCCUCCUUCAGUCGUCGGCUGUAGGAACUAUGGACAGAGAAGUUCGAACACGUUCCGAUCCUUGCCAGCGACCUUGAAUCAAGUCGCUUCCCCGUUGGAUGACCCGUUGGAACCACGAUGCCUGGAGAUUUUGGAGGCAAAACCCGAGUCAGUGCAGGAGCACAUCAACGCCGUGCUGGGCUUCAGCACCUUCCGAAGACUUGGGCAGGUGCAGGAAGCCAAUGUUCCCUCAGAGCUGGAGGCUGAGCGGCGCGAGGAGCUGCAUGAGCGGGCGCUGGAGGCCCUGAAGGGCGCAGUGCAGCGGCGGGCUGCAGAGGAGAAGUAUGCUGAGACGGCUGCGGCUGCGGGAGUGCUGCAAGCAAGCCCGCAACUCUCUGUGACGUCGGUGACGACUGGAACGCCCUCCUCUUCUCAAUCCGAGGUUGGUAGCAAUGGCGGAGUGGAAGAGGACACAGCCUGGGAGGACCAUGUCCACUCGCAAAUUCGCUGGGCCGCAGAGGCAGCGAAGUUCCGCCAGGCAGGGGCCCGGGGCAAGCCACGGCUGUUGAAAUGGCAACUCCUGCCUCUCCGCCCGAGCAGUUGGUACUCCUGUCUCGAGGACGACCCCACGGGCGACGAGGAAAGAGCUCAGGGAGCAGGGCGACGCAGAGUGGUUGAGCCGAAGCUGGUGGUUGCAGAGAAGAUAGGUCCAAGAUCUUGA